AGGAUCCAAAAUAGUUUAAGAAAAAAAGUUCAUUUUGUAUCCCUCAACUAUCAUGAAAAUCUGUUUUUCCUCCAUCAAGUUCAAUACCAUUUACCGGACCUCUUUAAACUAUCAAUACCAGAUAAAAUUCCUUCCUGACUCUUUUCCACCCGAUUUCAUCCCAGCUGACACGUUCACUGUGGCAAAAUGUGCAGCGUCCAACUUAUGUGGCGCUUGUGUGGCAGUAGAGCCCACCUGUCAAUCUCUAACUCAUCUUCUUCUUCCUCCCUCUCUUUCUGCCCUCCCAUGUCCUCGAUAAAUGGGAUUGGAUUUAUGGAGGAAAAACAAAUUUUGGCGAUAGUUGAAGGGCACAUAACAUAUUUUAUCCUUAGUGUAAUAGGGCCUUGAGCAAUUCUGCUAUAUACUACACUGAGGCCCACGGUGCUUACUGGGCCAAAAGGACAGCCCAUGUUGUCAGAAACCCUUCGUCGAGUCGGUGCUCCCUCGUAGCACGACGUCCCCACCCAGUCUCCUUGCACCGCCGCCGACGUCGAGCCAUGUCCACCGAGUCCACCUCGACGCCUCCGCCGACGGAAGUGAUCCGCGGGAGCCUCAUCCCGGCGCUCCCAGAUGACUUGUCCGUCCACUGCAUCGCGCUCCUGCCGCGUGCCGCGCACUCGUCCCUCGCCCUCGUCUCCCGCGCCUUCCACGCCCUCCUGUGCCGCCACCCGGAGCCCCUACUCGCCGCGCGCCGACGCCUACACCUCUCCGACCCCCACAUCCUCCUCUCCCUCCGGCCGCCCUACUCGGCGUCCCUCCUCUUCUUUCUCCUGCUCCCGCAUCCCGGGUGGCCCCCUCUACCCCUCCCCUCCCCUCCGAUCCCCGUCUCGUCCUCCUCGUCGGCCGCUGCCGACGAGUGUCAGCUCUUCCUCGUAGGCGGAUCCGUCUCCGGGGUCCCCGCUGCGUCCGUGCAAGUCUUGGACCCCCGGACCAGAUCCUGGUCCGUCGGCCCGCGCCUCUCCUCUCCCCGGGAGUUCGCCGCCGCCGUCGCGCACGCCGGGGUACUUUUCGUCGCCGGCGGUUGCGUUCCCUCGUCCCCCUUCUGGGCCGAGGCUCUUGACCUCUCCUCCCAGAACGCGAAGUGGAAAACUGUCGCCAGCCCGCCCCACCUCCGUGAGAAGUGGAUGCACGGUUGCGCGUCGCUCUCCGGGAAGGUCCUUGCGGUGGCAGACCGUGGCGGCUUGGCCUACGAUCCGGCGGCACCACCCGCGGAGGCGUGGGCGCCGGUCUCUCCGGUGCUUGACAUGGGGUGGAAGGGCCGUGCUGCCGUGGUUGGUGGAAUCCUAUACUCCUACGAUUACUUGGGGCAGGUCAAGGGUUAUGACCCGGACACUGAUUCCUGGAGCACCGUGGAGGGGCUGGAGAGGGAGCUGCCGAGGUUCCUGUGUGGCGCCACGCUUGCCAAUGUCGGCGGAUUGCUAUACUUGGUUUGGGAAGGGAAGUGGAAAGGGAGAGGAAAGGGGAAGGGGGAAUUCAGGAGCAUGGUGGUGAUUGACUGGGCCAUCAUUGAGGUUACGAGGGCCGAAGAGAGGCAGCUAAGGGGAAAGGUGGUCUCUAGGGACACUGUUCUGUUUCCAGACUCGCCAAGAGGAUCAGCAAUCACGCAUUGUCUUGCACUGGAGCUGUGACUUGCAGACUUUGUUGCUGCAGGUGUAAAACAAUUAGCAUGCAUGUUUCAGAGAUAUGUCGUUUGCUCUGAGACAGUAUUGUGGGUGGUGCCACCUCUGAUUAUUGCUUCACGAGAAUGCACCCCGAGGAGCAGUUUUGACGCAAUGAUUUCUUCAGCCAGCUGCACCGCCCGCCCUCAUGCUAGAAAUUCAGCUAGUUAUGGAUCACCGGCAUGUUCUUCAUGCAUUGCUGAGCCAUUCAAAAUGUCGCCUCUGGUAUCUCGAUAGACCAUCCCACUACCUCCAACCCUGGCAUCAGUAAGUAGUGCCCCAUCCACUUGAGCUUCCACCAAAAAUUAAGGCAGUUUGCUCCAUACUUCUAUUGGCUUUGAGAGUCACUGGGUACCGCUGAAUUCUCCUCCACCAGGAACAUAAUUAUGCGUGCAAUUGUGUUGUUGGAAUUGGUUUACUACUAUGCUGUUUGCCGUAUUUUGAAUUAAGCUGCAUCAUGCAGAUAGCUUGAUAUUAUUGGCUUAUUGCGACAUCAGAAUGGAUUUCAGUUGGGUUGAACUUAUAUGGAAUCAGUUACUCCAAUGGGUGCUGACUGUUCUGAUACGGUGGUGACAUGAUUAGAUUCAACCAUUAUAUCAAUUUGCCUUCAUAAAAAGCCUAAAUAUGAUCGUGGGACUAAUUCAACAGUUUGGUAGCAGCUAAUCUGUUCAUGUGAUUGGGUGUUAACAAUUGUAGUUAGUGUACUUGGCCUCUUGAAUUAUGGAAUGUAUAGAUUAUACUACCUCUAUUGUGCCCAAUAUACCACACCAUGGAUCGCAUCUUGGUACUAGCUAUGUCAGUAACAGUGGUGAAUUGUUGAUUACUACAGCAGUUAAAAUUUCCUCACAUGAUUCAGCACUCUGCAGUGUGAUGGAGUUUGGGAGAUGGUAUAUGUAAAAACAAAAAAAUCAGAACUGAUCUGCAUUAUCAACCUUUUGUAACCUGGAUCAUCUACGACUCUUCGGCCCUAUUUGGAUACAAAGUAUUUUUAGGGUUUUGGAAAAAAUUCUAUGGUUUUACAAAAUACUUUGGUUUUGGAAAACUAUGAGGUGUUUGGUGUUUGGAUGUAACAAAUCUUGUAGUUUUGAAAACCAUAGUAUUGCUAAAAUUGUAGUCUUUUUGGAGUUUCGAAAACUUCACCAGAAACCUCUUUUUUCUAAACCUAGGUAUUACAUGGUUCUAACUUCUAAAACUGUAGAUUCUCAAUACCGUAGUUUUUGAAACCUACAACAUCCAAACAGGGCCUUAAUUUCACUUUUGUAGAUAGUGGUGAUAUUUUUUGCUUGCAGGGAAACAGAGCAACGCUAAACCUUGCUGGGUGGUAGCUGUUCAAAAUACACUCGAACGCCUGCGGCGUGAAGCAUGCACAGCAUUGGGAGUGUUCUCUCUCAGGUGUUUGAAAUCCGACGAUAAAGGCAUGAGCAGAAUCUCACAUUUUCAAAUGCUUUGCCUCUUCUGUUACUAUUCUUCACUGUGAAUCUGAGUCAAUGCCUGUCACCUCCCUCUCUGGUUCACUGCUUUGCUUCGACUGUUGCAAUGCACAUAAAAUUAAGGAAAUUGUAUAACAAAGCACUCUGAUAUAUAUGUUGGUUGAAAAAU